AUGAGUUCCAAUGAGCAAAGAGAGAAUGAAGACACCUCCAGUGAAUCCAGAAAGAAGGAACUGGGAUCAGAAUCUGCAGGACCCAGCAGCAGUGUGUCUAUGAAGAGAACACAAUCCAUAACUAGACCCCCUUCAUUAAGUGAUGGAACAGAGGCCUCCGCCCCAGAGAGUGUGGAGAAAGAUAAUAGAUUUGCAUCCCACAAUCAGACCCACAUCAGGGAGGAAAGACCUGAAGCAGUCCUGCAGAGAGUCAAAGACCAACACAAAACCAGUAUAAAGAACAAGUAUGCACACUUAUUUGAGGGAAACAAACUAGAAGGAAAUGAAACCCUCUUGGCCAGGGUCUUCACACAACUCUACAUCAUAGACGGAGAGAGAGAAGGAGUGAAUGAAGAACAUGAGGUUUUACAGAUGGAGAAAACACCCAGAACACAACCCAACCCAAUCAGCUGUAAUGACAUCUUUAAACCAUUACCUGAACCAGGAUGUGAAGAGAAAGAGAAAAUCAAGACUGUUUUUACUAAAGGCAUCGCUGGAAUUGGAAAAACCGUCUCUGUGCAGAAGUUCAUUCUGGACUGGGCUGAGGGAAAAGACAAUCAGGAUGUAGAUUUCAUGUUUGUGUUUCCAUUUCGAGAGCUGAACUUGAUUCAACAUCAUCAGUACAGUCUUCACAGACUUCUGUUGGACUUUCAUCCUGAACUUCAAGAACUGGAUUCAAAGAUUUACGAGGAGUGUAAAGUUGUGUUCAUCCUAGAUGGUCUGGAUGAAAGCAGAAACAAGCUGAUUUUCUCAGAUGAUGAGAAAGUUUGUGAUGUGAACGAAUCUUCAUCAGUGGGUGUGUUGAUGUCAAACCUCAUCAGAGGAGAGAUGCUUCCCUCUGCUCUUAUCUGGAUCACCUCCAGACCAGCAGCAGCCAAUCAGAUCCCCUCCAAUUACAUUAACCGUGUGACAGAAAUUCAGGGAUUUAAUGACCCUCAAAAAGAGGAAUAUUUCAGGAAGAGAAUCAGUGACCAGCAUCAAGCCAACAGAAUAACCACACACAUCAGAAGAGCAAGAAGCCUCCACAUCAUGUGCCACAUCCCCGUCUUCUGCUGGAUCUCAUCCACUGUGCUUCAAAACCUCCUGAAAGAAGAUCUCAAUGCAGAAAUCCCUGGAACUCUGACUGAAAUGUACAUCUACUUCUUGCUGAUUCAGAUUAAGAGAAAGUCUGAUGAAAGAGAUCCAGAGAAACUCCUAAAGUCCGUCAGAGAAGCGAUUGUAAAACUUGCUGAAGUGGCUUUCAAUCAGCUGAUGAAGGGCAAUGUGAUGUUCUAUGAGGAGGACCUGAUUGAGAGCAGCAUAGAUGUCACUGACGCCUCAGUGUUUUCUGAGAUUUGCACCGAGAUCUUUAAGGAAGAAUCAAUGAUUCAUCAGAGGAAAGUCUACUGCUUCAUUCAUCUGAGCGUUCAAGAGUUUUUUGCUGCUUUCUAUGUGUUUUAUUGCUAUUUAAGCUGCGCAAUGAAAGCUCUGAGGGUUUUUGAUUCAAUGCACAAUUUGCAUAAAGGGGCAGUAGAUAAAGCUUUAGAAAGUAAAAAUGGACACCUGGAUCUGUUCCUGCGGUUCUUGCUGGGCAUCUCACUGGAGUCCAAUCAGAGACUCUUAGGGGAUCUGCUGACACACACAGAAAACAGCUCAGAGAGCAUCAGUAAAACCACAUUUAACAUUAAAGAGAAGAUCAAAGAUGGAAAAGCAGUCUCCACUGAAAGAUCCAUCAAUCUGUUCCUCUGUCUGCUGGAAGUGAAGGAUCAGACUCUGUCUAGAGAGAUUCAGGAGUUUCUGAAAUCAGAAAAACAUUCAGAGAAGAAACUCUCUCCAACUCACUGCUCAGCAAUCGCCUACAUGCUUCAGAUGUCAGAGGAAGUGCUGGAUGAGCUGGAUCUCAAGAAAUACAACACAUCAGAUGAAGGUAGAAGAAGACUGAUAUCAGCUGUGAUCAACUGCAGAAAAGCUUUUCUUCCUGGCUGUAAUCUCAAUGUCCAACAUUGUGAGAUAGUGACAUCCGCUCUACAAUCGUCAAACUCUGUCCUUAGAGAGCUGGACCUGAGUAACAAUGACUUGCAGGAUUCAAGAGUGAAGCUGCUCUCUGAUGGUCUGAAGAGUCAAAACUGUAAACUGGAGAUACUGAGGUAUUUGAGAGCUGAGGGCUUCACAGAUGAUGUAAUCUGUUGA